GUUUCACUGUGAAUGCCAUGAUGAAGCAUCUGGAGAAUUUUGUGAAAACAUCAUUUAUCAGGAAGCACACACUGUUAUGCCUUCAAAUUCUAAGCAACUCAGGAGCUGGGUGGCCGGUCAUACCUGGUCCUACCUGGGUAUUAGGCGUUGCCUGUGCUGUUGUCCUGCUGGUACCUGCCAUCAUAUUAGCUGCUGUUACAAUAAAAAGACGACGUCAGGUGAUUUCCACCUAUAAACAGUUCGGACGGUCGAGAGACAGGCGUAUUCCCUCGGACUCUAGUAUGCCCGACGCUUGCGUUGAUGCAGAGAACCACCUCUGCAUGGAUUUCAAUAAUGUUAGCCUGGAAAUAUCUGGUUUAAAGGCUGUGAAUGAUAUUUUGGAUAAUGAUGCUUUAAAUGGUACUAGUAACUAGGGUUUUAGCCUGAUUUAAAAAAGUGCAACAUCCUUUCAUAACUCUUUACUUUAUACACUAUAAUACGUAUUAUGUGGACAUGUUGGUUAAACGUUUAGCAUGUUUCCGGAAUAGCGUACAUAAUGUCUAGACGUAUAUUGUAAAGACGGACAUUCGAUAUGUAUGUGACAUUGUUUGGAAGGGGUAUCGUUUGAAAGGCAAUGUUGUGCAGCAGAAAUGUAAACAAAUUACCGAAAAUAAAACGAAUAUUAAAGACAAACCUAUAAAAGGUGUUAGAAGUUGACGCGUAGCUCGUACAUCGUAAAUCAACGAAAGGAUAAAAUUUGUCAACCAAUUAAAACAACAUGAAAAUUUACAUUGGUCAACCAUUUCCAUGUGUAUCAAAAGGUCGAUCUACGACCUAAGAUCAAGGUAACCCAAAUGUUCAUGUUGUUAUAAAUGGUUGAUCUACGACAUAUAACCUAGGUCAACCCACAUAUGCCAUUUACAUUCGAUUUUAGUUGAAAAUAAAGUCAAAUAUACAAACUUAAUGUAAACAAAUAAAUUGCUAUAAAUUUAUUUAAUUAUUUACAAAUUAAUUGAUGAUCAGCAAGCAAUUACCUUUCAAAUGAUAUCAGCAUUAUUUAUGGUCACCUCGCAGCACAAUUUAACAUAAGGUUAAUACUUAAUAGAGCUAUCAGAUAUAAGCUGUCUUAUUUGUGGGUCGGAGUCCUUAAAAUAUAACGUUUGUGCUGAUUGUUGGAGAAGUAGUAGAAAUUGUCCAUUUACCGCAACUGUUGUGCUGUCAUAUUUGGUUGAUGAAUAUGGCUGUUUGUAAUGUUUUUGCAUAUUUUAUUAGAUUUGUAUUAAGUCAAUUCUUACAACUACGGUAAUAAAUCAUAAAAACAUAUGUUAUAGAUUAAA